AUGGUCAGCAUUGGAGGUUUGGAGCAGCACUGUGUGCUCGAUAAGGCGCAUGGAUUGGGGCUUUUCUGUGGGAUGGGGAAAGAGCCCAGAUCCUCCGUGUUUUUUAGCCUCUACAAGAACCGCAUGCACGAGUCCCUCAUGCUCUUCGACUCCAUCUGUAACAACAAGUUCUUCAUCGAUACCUCCAUCAUUCUCUUCCUCAACAAGAAAGAUCUCUUUGCUGAGAAGAUCAAGAAGUCACCUCUGACCAUCUGCUUCCCUGAAUACACAGGCCCCAACACCUAUGAAGACGCAGCCGCCUAUAUCCAAGCACAAUUUGAAAGCAAAAACCGCUCACCCAACAAAGAAAUUUACUGUCACAUGACUUGUGCCACAGACACGAAUAACAUCCAGGUGGUAUUCGACGCCGUCACUGACAUCAUCAUUGCCAACAAUCUCCGGGGAUGCGGCUUAUACUGA